AAAUUGCCUAGCAAGCUCUAAGCUAGUAUCUGUAAGCCAGAGUACCGGAGCUGGUACCUAGCUUCGAAAUCCAGCUUCAUCCGUGUAAAAUAAACGCGUACUGGUUUUUAACAAUAGCAGGAGCAGAAAGAACAAGCGCUGACCUUUCCGACAAGCAUCGUAUUGUUUAUAGAUUAUGUUAAUAAUAUUGUGAAAAAGGAGGCGAAAAAGAAGCCCACAAAUCCUGAGUAGACGAAAUAUAUCGCUAAAACAGGAUUUUGGAUUCAUAUUUUUUUAAUAUUGUGUUGCGUUUGAACAAAUUAGAGUUUUGUUACAAAUAUUGGAGCUAGCGAGUGUAGUUGCUAGCCUGUCAGAUUUUGUCAACAUGGAGUUGAGAGUCGGAAACCGAUACAGGCUGGGCAGAAAAAUUGGAAGUGGAUCAUUUGGAGACAUCUACUUGGGUACUGACAUCUCUGUCGGAGAAGAAGUAGCCAUCAAAUUGGAAUGUGUGAAGACCAAACAUCCACAGCUCCACAUAGAGAGCAAGAUCUACAAGAUGAUGCAGGGAGGAGUUGGAAUUCCAACAAUCAAGUGGUGUGGAGCUGAGGGUGAUUACAAUGUGAUGGUGAUGGAGCUGCUGGGUCCCAGUCUGGAGGAUCUGUUCAACUUUUGUUCUCGGAAGUUCAGUCUGAAGACGGUCUUGCUGCUGGCCGACCAAAUGAUCAGCCGCAUUGAGUACAUCCACUCCAAGAAUUUCAUCCACAGAGAUGUGAAGCCUGAUAACUUCCUGAUGGGGCUAGGAAAGAAGGGUAACUUGGUCUACAUCAUUGACUUUGGCCUGGCAAAGAAAUAUCGAGAUGCACGUACGCAUCAGCACAUCCCCUAUCGUGAGAACAAGAAUCUUACAGGCACCGCCCGCUACGCCUCCAUAAACACGCACCUGGGAAUCGAACAGUCCAGACGGGAUGACUUGGAGUCACUGGGAUAUGUCCUCAUGUACUUCAACCUGGGUUCUCUUCCAUGGCAAGGCCUCAAAGCUGCAACCAAAAGGCAGAAGUACGAGCGCAUCAGUGAGAAGAAAAUGUCUACACCCAUUGAGGUUCUCUGCAAAGGCUACCCAUCUGAGUUUGCAACCUACUUGAACUUCUGUCGCUCUUUGCGGUUUGACGAUAAGCCUGAUUACUCUUACCUCCGCCAACUCUUCAGAAACCUUUUCCAUCGACAGGGAUUCUCCUACGACUAUGUCUUCGACUGGAACAUGCUCAAAUUUGGUGCCAACAGGGCUGCAGAGGAUGCAGAAAGGGAGCGCCGAGAGCGUGAGGAGAGGCUCAGACACAGCAGAAAUCCUGGUGCCAGGGGUUUGGCAUCUCUUUCAGGUAGAGCCAGGGCCGCUCCGGACACCGCGGCCCCAUCCCCUCUCAACCCGGCCCCACACACAGGUUUGGAGAAGGAGAGGAAGGUGUGCAUGCGUCUUCAUCGUGGAGCACCCGUCAACAUCUCCUCCUCAGAUCUAACAGCACGUCAGGACACGUCCCGCAUGUCUAAUUCACAGGCUCUGUCCCGGAUCACAUCCAGUGCUCUCCAGUCAGCAACUCCUCGGUGAAACUGGUCCAUCAACAGUGAAGGCCUGAACGUGCACCACCUGCAGCACAAACGCUCUCACAGAAAUCUACAUCAGGACUCUUCAGUGACUAGAGGAUGACCCGCUAGUGCACAACUUUGGCUGUGCAUCUGUUCACUUUGACAGAAGAGAUGCACAGCCACACAGAUGCACAAGAGUGGAUUGUGUGUGUUUGUUUGCGAGUGUGAGAGGACGACUGCUGAGCAGGUGGAGACCAGUUUGGUUGCCUUAACAACCAUCUUGGCUAAGGAGCAGCCACAACAACCCUUCCUUAUUGUGGAAGGUUUAGAGAAUCCUCCUUGCUUUUGAUGAAGCCAUGAAUUCAUAUAUCUCUGGAAUCUUCUCUUGUCAACUCUUGAUUUUACUUGUUUUUAUCGUUUUAGCAUCCAAACCUUUGCUGUACCAGCUGUAUGACAUUAAAAGGGCCUUGUGAUGAAGAAGGAAGUGCUAGGUGGAGACGACAAAGCAGUCAGGUGGACACGAGCUCUGCCAUGGCAGUGUUUAGCCCGGUGUCUAAGCUCUUAACGUUCACCUCAGAAGCCCUGUGUCGGGAUAUCUGAUCAAAUGACUGCUAGGUUUGUGUCCGUGUCCUCAGGAGUACUGGAACAGGACACGGAUAUAGAUAGAGAAACACUCCGUUUUUUGUCUUCACGUUGUGAUUGCGGUGGAAAAAGCUGUGAAUGAAACCGCGAGCGAGCGUCAUGGUCGGUCUGCGGCCGACAGACGAGGAGUUUUAGCCUAGUGGGUAGUGUUGUUGCUUUAGUAUUGGUGUGGUUCUGUCUUAGGGGUCUGCACACUAAAGGGUGGAGGGUGAACAAGCUCAUUUAUACGCUCUCACACGGAUUUUGUAAGUUUUCGACUCCCUGCAUCUUCACUCUCGUUGCACACUUGUCCAUCUGCCUCCACGUUGAGUCUAAACCGUUUUUAUUUCAAGUACUACUUGUCCGUUUUCUACCUACAGCCUACUCUGACGGUAUCCAGCUGAACACUGAGGCUGUUUUUAGAUUAGGUGCUUUAGUUGACGCCACAUGAGCCCCAGUCCUGCCUGGUGAUUAAAUACGUGGAUGGGACGUUCUUUUUUAAUGCUUCUGGUGGCGGAAUAAAGAACCGUUUUUGUACACAAUAGGACUAGUUUAGUUUUAAGGUUAUUACUAGCAAACCUGAGGAGCUAGUUUUUUUAUUGACUACGUUGCAUAGUUGUAGAUGUGUGUAAUGAGUCCCUCCUGGGAUGAUGGCGCUAAACCGUGCUCUUGCUGAAGGAUGUGAGUGGAUGCUCGUUCUGCUGUACAUCUACUGCACAGCCUUCUGUUUCGUGGUUUCAAACGACCCGGAGCUGAGCACGAGAAUGGUGAAACAAAGAUUAAGCCUGAAGCUUUUGGUAGGAAAUGGACCGGUUGUAACUUGUAGCUUGACGGUGGUGGUGGUGGUGAAGUCUCCGGAGCUUCAUCUGAGGCAGCCCCGACAGCAGUGUGCUGGAGCCUCGCAGGGUUUAGGUCACUUUCUGUAGUUGAGUGGGGAGUGGGUUGUAGUUGUAAUUUGUACAUGAUUGUUCUGUUGUGAAUAGGAUGUCUGCUCUGUUUACUGGGUCCAGGGGAGCUGCUGAAGGCUCUCGGACCAGGACUUGCACAGAGGGACUGGCGAUGAUUACUCAGUUAGGCCUCCUAAGAAUUUUUUAUUAUUUUAUUUUGUCUGGAUCUAUUUCGCCUGUUGGCUUGAGAAACGACGCGACUAUUAAAGUAGUACGUCUCACUGGUGGCUCUGACUUUCCAUGGGAAAGGUGUUCUGUCCUGUCCUUUUUGUUGUCCCACAUGUCCCCAAUACCUGUAGCUGCGUGCUGGACAUGGUUUAUUCACCACAGCUCAUCUCGUUCUGUGGAUUCUUGUGAAAUGUUUCUUUCACUCCCGUCCCUUGUUUUUCUUUCAGUUGUAAUGCCGCUGUAUCUGUGUUUUAAAAUUGUGUAAAUAAAUUAAUAAAUACUUGUAUGUGUGCAUUUUAA